AUGGCAAUGAAAGGGGCAGGCAAGGGCAAGCGGCCGCCACCUGCAGCCAAAUCUACGGCACGGAGACCGGCGAACAAGUCCUGGCCCAAGGUCCAAACUUACACCGUGCCAGAGCAGCCCAAAGCAACAGCUAUGGACGUCGACACGUUGGAGGAGCCGUUCCACAAGAAGCGCUUGGUCUUUGAGGCGCGAAGCUGGGCGGAAAGCCUCGCACAUGGGCCGAGGAACACAAACCUUCCGGCCUCGGAGAUGCUGCGCGGCUUGGGCCCGGAGGAGGACGAGAUGCAGGAUUGGCUUGCAAGCCUGCGGGGAUCUUCCCAAGUGCCGGGCUGGGUGCAGCGGCCGGUCUUGGAGGAUGUCGAGGUUCACGUGCUGCGCUUGUCAGGAAACACUCUUAAUUUCAGCGUGGCAUCUACAGAGACGACACGAGACCUCAAGCAGAGAAUUGAACUUGAGACUGGAGUGCCACUGGAUUGGCAAGUGCUUCUACUUCAAGGUGAUGACGGUGCGACCAUCGAGCUUAUGGACGACCUUCCUGUGGGUCCAUACUGCGAUGGAACAGAGCUUAAGUUGAUCCUUCAGGUUUUCCAGUGUCGAGACAUUUGCCUGGCAGCUGCCGACGGCGCAGGGAAGUAUGGGGCGAUGUUGCAGCUCUUGCAAUUCGGUAGUGAUCUGGCCUGUUGCUACAUCGGGGCCUUGAGUUUCCAGGAUACCAGCUUGAGAGACUUGGCCCUUCAGCUGUUGUUGAAGGGCUUACCAGCCGCGGAAGCAACUCGAUUGCUGGCCCGGGCCUUGAUUUCUGGGGACGAGGAGCUGCAGUGCAAGGCUGCCAUGGCCAUUGCACGAUGGUUUUAUUCAGACCGCGCAAGCCUCUCCGACUCCCUCUCCCUGCAAGAGGUUUCAGCAGAGGAGACCUCGCUCCUGCAGGGUCUCCUUGAGCACCUGGAGCGGCGCAGCAAACUGCCCACAAGGGGACGGCCAUGGGAAGGUGGACGAGCCAUCUUCGUCAACGAUGCCUUGACCGCCGCGAGGGGUGCGCUGGGCGGCUACUUCGCCAGAGCUCGCAGGCUGAAGCCUGGAUGGAUGUAUCGGCAGCUGAUAGCCGUGAGCGGAUUGGAGACUUUGGAAUCCACAGAAUUGCCACAAGUGGCUGCUGAACGAGGUGUUUCGCUGGCAAAGCUGAAGGCAUGCCUGGAAUUCAAGUGGGUGAACAAGAGCGGCGGCCUUCUCUGUGCAGCAGUGCCUGAGCCGAUGUUUGUGAGAGUUAGCAUCACAAAUGUCUCGGCUUUUCUCCGAACGGACACUGACACCGGCAUGGCUGAGGAAGAGGAUGCAGACUUGUGGGCCGCCGUAGCAGAGCUCCCAAGCCUUCCAGCCGAGCACACGCGUCUGGCAUUGGAAUGCGCAACAUUGGCAGCAGGGCCCGGACAUCGCCGUACGCUGGAGGCGGCUUGCUGGCAGGCUGGGCACGAAGACGCUGCGGUCCGCGAGCAGGCCAUGGAGGCAAUCCAGCAGUUGGCGGAGGCCUCUGACUUGAGCGGCAUCCAUGCGCUGAUGGAUACAUGGUGGGGUACUGAUGCCCACGUGCAAAGGAUCCGGCGUGAGGUUGAUCGUUUUUUCCGAGCUAGACUGGAAAUGUCUGGAACGCAACCAGUUGAGCCUGUAGUUCGACAAUGA